AUCCAACUCAUCAAACAGCUUGUCUGUAGUCACUCUUUAGAGAAUCAGCUUUCAUUUACGAUACCCACUUCUUUCAACCACCUCACGACCACUUUUAUCAAUACCUCUUUUUUUGAUAAUUUCUACCAACACCAAAUCAGUCAAUAUGAAGUUCUUCGCUGCCAUCGCUGCUUUCGCCGCUGUCGCCGCUGCUCAGUACAGCGCUGCGCCGGUCGAGUCUUCAUGCUCCGCCGUUGUCACCGUCACUGUGACUGAGGUCAAGCCUCACCUGCCUUCCGCCCCGGCCACCCACGCCGCCACUGGCCCAGCUCCCUACCCCACCGUCCCAGCUGUCCCCUCCGUCCCCGUCGGCACUGGUGUCCCCUCCUCCCCCGUUCUCGGCGGAUCCAAGCCCUCCGGCACUGCUUCGCCGUCUGGAACUGGCUCCGUCUCUGCUCCCCCCAGCCAGUUCACUGGUGCUGCCUCCAACCUCAAGGUUGGCGGUGCCAUGGCUGCUGGUGCCAUUGUUGCCCUCUUCUUGUAGAGUUGAACUGCUGUGUGCUGGGGUGUUAAUGGCGAGCCAUUGAUUUGGACGUGAGAGCGUAAAUACUCAUUCUUGAAUAUACUUUUGAAAAA